AUGGCAUGGGGUGGUAGACCACCAAAAACCAGCCUGACCACCUUAAGCCGAUGGCCUGCGAUACCUGUGGGUGUUGAUGUUCAGCUUGAGAGUCUGGACACCAUCUCUGAAGUAGAUAUGGACUUCACCAUAACCCUGUACCUGAGACAUUACUGGAAGGACGAGCGACUGUCCUUUCCCAGCAACACCAACCAGAGCAUGACCUUUGAUGGCCGGCUGGUAAAGAAAAUCUGGGUACCUGACAUAUUUUUUGUCCAUUCCAAACGAUCCUUCAUCCAUGACACCACCACAGAGAACGUCAUGCUCCGAGUGCAUCCUGAUGGCAAAGUGCUCUACAGCUUGAGGGUUACAGUCACAGCGAUGUGCAAUAUGGAUCUCAGUCACUUUCCCCUGGACACCCAGACAUGCUCACUGGAGAUUGAGAGCUAUGCCUAUACUGAUGACGACCUCAUGCUGUAUUGGAAGAGAGGAAACAAAUCUCUGCAGACAGAUGAGAAGAUCUCUCUGUCUCAGUUCCUCAUUCAGGAGUUUCACACCACCUCAAAACUAGCUUUCUACAGCAGCACAGGUUUGGAAGGUCAUGAGGCUGAGUAA